UUUCCUUCUGGUGUGCACUUUUUGAGUUGGGUCUCUCUCUCCACAGCGUUUGCACUUUCGGGCUUCUUUUCUUUUCUUGGUUUUGAUGUUCUCUCUCUUCCUGAUAACCAUCUCUCUCUCUAUCUCUCUAUAAUAACCUUCUCUCCCACAAUCUCCCUUCCAACCUCACAACAACAUGACAGAUCCCUACUCCAAUUUCUUCACAGGAUGGUUCAACUACAACCCCCUCUUUCGCAACCUUUCCUCUUCCAAUCCAUCACAACCCCCUCCUACCUCCUACUACGACUUCUACUCUCACAACAACAACGACAACAACAACAAUACCCACAACAGCAUCUACAAUAGAACCCCUUACCUUCCCACCCCACCACCCUCCCCUCCUCUCAGAGAAGCCCUCCCCCUCCUCAGCUUAAGCCCAACAAGACAUGAAGAAGAAGAGCCCUCUUGCAGUGCCAUGGAAGAAGGUUAUGAUACCAAAAAGAAGGGUUGGGAUGACAACUCUUCCUCUACUAUGGACGGUGCUGAUGAUACUGUCACAGUUGCCCUACAUAUAGGGCUCCCUAGCCCUAGUGCUGCUGAUCUUAUCUCAAGGGUCUCUUCUACAGAGAUGUUGGAAAAGGAAGGAGAGGUUGUUGUUUCAGGGUACCCUACGGCCAGACUCAACAAGGGUCAGUACUGGAUCCCCACCCCUUCUCAAAUCCUCAUUGGUCCUACACAGUUCUCAUGUCCUGUGUGCUACAAGACCUUCAACAGAUACAAUAACAUGCAGAUGCAUAUGUGGGGGCAUGGAUCUCAAUAUAGGAAAGGGCCUGAAUCUCUAAGGGGCACACAACCAACCGCCAUGCUUAGGCUCCCUUGCUACUGUUGUGCACCUGGUUGUAGGAACAACAUAGACCACCCAAGAUCAAAGCCAUUGAAGGAUUUCAGGACCCUUCAGACCCAUUAUAAGCGAAAGCACGGCAUCAAGCCAUUCAUGUGUAGGAAAUGCGGCAAGGCGUUUGCGGUGAGGGGCGACUGGAGAACCCAUGAGAAGAACUGUGGGAAGCUGUGGUAUUGCGUCUGUGGGUCUGAUUUCAAGCACAAGAGAUCUCUCAAGGACCACAUCAAGGCUUUUGGACAUGGGCACGCUGCCUAUGGUAUUGAUUGCUUUGAAGACGAGGAGGAACCGGCGUCAGAGAUUGAACAAGACAAUGAGUCAUCACAGUGAUGGACAAGAUAUGGAUAUUGGUAAUUUAGGUCUAAGGUAGUGGAAUUAUCAUCUUGAGCAACAACCCUUCUCAAUAUCCAAUCCACUUUCUUUUUUCUUUUUUGUAGUAAACCAAAAUACAACAAUUCAGACUCAGGUCAUGUAAAUUCAAUUGGGUUUUAACUUACGGGGAUGGAAUAUGGAUGAGAUUGAUGAAUGCCUGUUUCUUUGA